AUGGCGUCCGCGACACUUCUCCGCACUUUGCGGCCUGCCCUGCGUCCCUCCAUCUGGCGCCCCCAACCCCGACGAUACGCCCACCCAGGCCAAUUUCAACCCUUCGUACCACCCUCUCCAAGCUCCCUAGGCAAACCAACCGCAGCGAAGACCUACACACGAACCCGCAAAUGGCUUCGCCGGAUUGUCUACGUCUCACUGGCAACGGGCGUGAUCUACGGCAUUGACUCGCAGUUCUACGCAUCAUCGCUGACCCGCACUGCCCGCACCUUCUCCCUCGGUCUUUUUGUCGCCCUCGACUACAAAAUCAACUUUCGUCCGCACCCUCCACUCGCCAGUUCUAUUGCUGCCGUGCACGCUCGAACCGCUGAGCGGUUAUCAGACCUGCUGCGGCAUAAUGGCGGUCUCUACUUAAAGAUGGGCCAGGCUAUCGCUAUGCAAUCUGCGAUUCUGCCGCCUGAGUUUCAGCAAAUGUUCUCGCGCAUGUUUGAUGAUGCGCCUCAGAAUGGUUGGAAGGAUGUUGAGAAGGUCAUUCGUGAGGACUUUGGCAAGUCACCCGAGGAGGUCUUUGGGGUCUCGUUUACGGGCGAGGCCGGCAAAGGUGUAAUGGAGCGCAGAGCCCGAGCUAGUGCGAGUGUUGCUCAGGUCCAUUGGGCUCGCUUGCAGGAUGGCCGGGAAGUUGCAAUCAAGAUCCAGAAGCGGGAGAUUGUGCAGCAAGUAGCCUGGGAUCUCUGGGCUUUCAAGGUUGUGGCAUGGGUAUACAGCAAAUGGUUCGAUAUUCCGUUCUAUACACUGGUUCCCUAUGUGAGCGAGAGGCUCUCGCUUGAGACGGAUUUUGUAAAUGAGGCAGACAACUCGGAAAACAUGGCCAAGUUAGUUGCCGCUGAACCCCGCCUGCGCGAUCGCGUGUACAUCCCUCGGGUGUACCGUGAGCUGAGCUCAAGGCGUGUCAUGACUGCCGAAUGGGUGGAAGGCGUACGGCUCUGGGACAAAGAUGCCAUCACGCGCCCCUGGCGCGGUGGUUGGCGCGAAGGAAGUCCAGGCUGCCGCGGGACACCCUUGGACCGGAAGGGUACUCCCGAAGAGAAGAACCCGCAGGCUGCCAAGGUCAAACCUGAGCGCGAUUACUGGAGGGGUUACAAGAACCGCGGCGGACUGGGAUUGUCAUUAAAAGAUGUGAUGACUACCAUGGUAGACUUGUUCUCUGCCCAGAUGUUCCUAUGGGGAUGGGUUCACUGUGAUCCACACCCUGGCAACAUAUUCAUCCGCCGUAAGCCAUCUGGAAAGCCGGAGCUCGUCCUGAUCGACCACGGCCUGUACAUCCACAUGGACCCCGGAUUCCGUCACCAAUAUGCCCGAUUCUGGAAGGCCCUGUUGACCUUUGAUAACCGUACGCUGGGCGAGGUUGCCAAUAGCUGGGGCGUGAACAAUGCAGACAUUUUUGCAUCAGCGACAUUAAUGCGCCCCUACCGCGGCGGAGACAUGUCGACACAGCGCGGUAUCACCGGACUAAGCAAGUCCGAACGCGCCGAGCGACACUACGAGAUGCAACAGGCAAUGCGCAAGGCAAUCCGUGAAAUCCUGGGCGAUGAGACUAAGUGGCCAAAAGAGCUCAUUUUCAUCGGCCGCAAUUUGCGCAUCGUCCAAGCCAACAACCAAUUUCUGGGUUCGCCCGUGAACCGCGUCAAAAUCACAGGCAUCUGGGCUUCGCGCGCGCUCAUCGAAUCGCCGGAUCUGCCGCUGGCUGAGAAGAUCCGCAACUUUGGCCGGCACCUCAUUUUCCGGAUGGUGCUGUUCACUACUGAUAUUUACUUCUACUUCACCAAGGUGCGCCAGUUUUUGCAUCUGGGUGGUGGGAUGGAAGAUGAUAUUGAGGCUCAGAUGCAAAAUAUGGCUUCGGACAUGGGGAUUGAGCUUAACCAGAAUGUCUUCGAAGGGUAG